AUGGCGUUCCUGGGGGUCUACAAGGCCCUCUACGACUACGCCCCUCAGGCCGAAGGAGAGCUCGCCAUCUCCGAAGGCGACCUGCUCUACGUGCUCGACAAGGGCGGCGAGGAUGGCUGGUGGAAAGCGAAGAAGAAGGCCAGCGGGGAGGACGAGGAGGAACCCGAGGGUCUGAUCCCGAACAACUACAUCGAGGAGGCCGAGCCACAAGCACAUGCCCGGGCACUGUACGAAUACACCAGACAGACCGACGAAGAGCUCUCAUUUCCCGAAGACGCCCGCCUCGCCGUUUACGACACCUCCGAUCCCGACUGGAUCCUCGUGGGUCUUGACGGUGAAUAUGGAUUUGUCCCGUCCAACUACAUCGAGAUGGGGGAGGACAACGACGCCGGACCGCCCGCCGAGGCUCCGAGGCCACCGGCGCUUCCGUCGAGACCUUCAGCCGAUACCAUCCCCAGCCCUCCUCUGCCCCAAAGAGGAACAGGGGCGGAUUCCGAACCGAGUAGCCCUUCCGCGGCAAACCCUGCGGCAGCUCUUGCUGGUGUUCUCGCCGGCAGGGCAGCUGGCCAUGCGCCUCCCCCACCUCUAGAUCUCGCUCCUCAACAACACUAUGUCGAAUCGGAAGACGACGACGCCAGGUCCCCGCCUCUCCCGGCCCGUCCGCGUGGACAGUCUAUGCACUCGAUGGAGGACUCACGCUCUCCCCCACUUCCGACGAGGCAAGGCACCAACGACUACGAACAACGAUCGCCUUACCUGUCCCCAGGCGGUUUCCACAUGUACAACAUCAACGAGAUGGUAUCGGUCAUGGGCAAGAGGAAGAAGAUGCCUACGACGCUGGGCAUCAAUCUCACUACCGGCAUGAUUCUCAUUGCGCCGGAAAGAGCACAGGACGGCCCAUCUCAGGAGUGGUCUGGUGAGAAGAUGACGCACUAUUCUCGCGAAGGAAAGCAUGUCUUUCUGGAGCUGGUGCGACCCAGCAAGAGUGUUGAUUUCCAUGCCGGAGCCAAGGAUACCGCCGAGGAGAUUGUCAGCGCCCUGGGCGAGAUGGCUGGUGCGAUAAAAGCAGAAGGCCUGCGCGAGGUCAUUAUGGCCGGCUCAGGGCAAGAGCAGAAGAAGGGCGUCAUCCUGUACGACUUCAUGGCCCAGGGAGACGACGAAGUGACCGUGGCGGUAGGCGACGAAGUUCACGUCCUCGACGACACCAAGAGCGAAGAGUGGUGGCAAGUCCGACGUCUCAAGAACGGCAAGGAGGGCGUCGUACCCAGCAGCUACAUCGAGAUCACGGGGACUAUCAAAUCACCGACGGCCGCAGUAUCCCAUUCCGGAAUCAACGCAGGGAAAUCGAGCGUGGCGCAGAACCGGCUGGAAGAGGAACGCCUGACCAAGGAGGCAGUCAAGGCCGCCAUGCGGGACGAGUCGAAACGGCACUCUGAGGUAGGACCUGGAAUGCGUUUGCCUGAGCGUAAUAGCAGUUUGUCAGCUCGUGAUAUUAAUAACAAUACCGGUCAACAGCGAAGCAAGCGCGAAAACGGACGAGCUGAUGGCGGCAGCAGCUCCCGCUCUGGGAAGUCGAAACCCGACCCUUCCAAGGUCCGCACGUGGACGGAUCGGUCUAAAUCGUUCAGUGUCGAGGCGCAGUUCCUCGGUCUCAAGGACGGCAAGAUCAAUCUCCACAAGGUUAAUGGCGUCAAGAUUGCUGUUCCGGUCGCUAAGAUGUCCGUCGAGGAUCUCGAAUAUGUUGAGCGGAUCACCGGCGUGUCUCUCGACGAGGACAAACCGUUAUCCAGCAUGAAGAAGAGGUCCUCACAUCAAGAGCAUGGGUCCUCCUCAAAGGUCGGCGCCUCCAUCGAACCCAAGAAGCCUGACUAUGACUGGUUCCAAUUCUUCCUCGAGUGCGAGGUGGCAGUCGGUCUCUGUGAGAGAUACGCUCAAGGAUUUGCUAAAGAGUCAAUGGACGAGAGCGUUCUGCCUGAUGUCGACGCUACUGUUCUGCGUAACCUGGGUUUGCGCGAGGGUGACAUCAUCAAGGUCAUGCGCUACCUGGAUAACAAGUUCGGGCGACACAAGAAGAAGGGUGGUGAAGAAGAGGCCGAAGGAGGUCUGUUCUCCGGUCCAGGAGGCACUCUCCGGAAUAACACUCGGAGAGGCCGGCCGGAGCCUACCUCGAGGCCCAGCGAUGUCAUUGAUGCAAACGCAUUCUCACAGCAAAAGUCGGGCGAUAGCGAGCACAAAGCCGCUCCGGCUCCGGCCGUCACCAGCCCUGUCACUGCCAAGGCUGGCGGCGCGCCAGCGGGCGGCUUCGAUGAUGAUGCCUGGGACGUCAAGCCUUCCAAGUCACCGGCGGCAGACGCGGCUCCCGCAACGACUGCUCGACCUACGGCUCCCAGUCCCGUGGCGACCCCACCACCUGCUCCUCAGCCUGUCAGGCAGUUGACCGGUGGUCUCGCAGACCUGUCUCUUCUGACGCAACCACUUGAGCCCGCCAAACCGGCAACGGUUUCCCCUCCCACUAUCAGUCCGCCGCCGGCAGCACCUGCUCAGGUGCCUGCACCUACCGGGGCAACACCUGGAUUCUUUACAGCCCUCGCACAGCAGCAGACGGGUAUUCAACCCGCUGUGAACGGUACACAAUCUGGUGUUGCUCGACAGCGGCCCAUGGCGCCGCAGUAUACCCAGGGCCAAGGUGGGCUCGUGCCCCCUCCCCCCGGUCGGCCGCUCUCAGCUCCCCAGUCUGCGCAACCUAGUCAGUUCGCACCGCCUCCUCUGCAGCCCCAGAUGACCGGCAUUACGGGACAAGUGGCGCCGCCGGGCCAGAGCCUGAACGAGAUCAACCAGGCCAGGAUGCAGCAGCAAUUCGCCCAGCAGAUGCAACAACAGCAGAUGCAGAUGCAGGGCUUCCAGCCGCAGCCCACCGGCCAGCCGAUGAUGCCGAUGAUGACGGGCAUGCCCCAGCAGUUCGGACCCGGCCAGUUCAUGCAGCAGCCCAACAUGAUGCAGAGCCCAUUCGCCGACCCUUCCCGCGGCCAACAAUUCUCCCCUAUCCAGGCCCAGCCCACCGGUUUCCCGGGCCAGUUUGGCCAGCCACAGUUCGGACAGCCGCAGCAGCAACCCGGGGUGGGGGGUGUGAACGCCUUCCUCCCCCAGGCUCUCGAGCCGCAGCGCACGGGCAUGCCGCAGCCUCUGCAGCCCCAGCAGACUGGUUUGCAUUUCACGCACGGGUUCGGAAACCAACAGUUUGGAAAUCAGCAGCAGCAGCAGCAGCAGCAGCAGCCGGCGCCGGCAGCACCGCUGGUGCCGCAGCCGACGGGCCCCGCGCCGCCUGUGCGGUUCGGGGUGCAGCCCGAGGCGAAGAAGUUGGCUCCGCAGCCUACGGGGCGGAGGGCGAAUCUUUCUGCUGCUACACCUGCAAACCCGUUUGGUUUCUAA